UACAAACUAUAACCGCCGAAAAAGCCAUAUCGAAACUAAGCAGAAAGCUAGUAAUUCCGAAACUCAAUGAUACAUGUAGGAAAAUCAAAUGUGCCGCCAUUGAAGAGCCGGAAUGUGUUAAACUUAAACGUCACGACCUACCCAUGGAUGUUCAUAUUAUUGUGGUAAACAAAUGCGAAUUGGAAUACAUGAAAUGUCAUGAAGGCGUGGAAGCCAAAAUAGUUCCAAUGAAGUUCUGUAGCCACGGGAAAAGAAUUGGAAUGGCUCAUAAGAAGAAAAAAACUGAUAAUAAAAGUAAAGUUAAUAAGCGGGUCAAGAGAAGAGUUUUCCGAAAAGAAGCUUUAGCAACUGAAGCACGAGUCAAACUAGUAAAUCGUCCAAAAUACGUGGAUGCCAUGAAUAAAUAUCACGGUACACAUCGUGCAAACAGCACACACGCAGGAUUAAUAGCACAAGCAGACAAGGAUUACGACGAGCAGAACUCGUGUCCUGAAUCCUGUCCUUCACGUGAUGUGAUGGUGUGUGGCCUGUGUCAACAUAAUGUCUACAAGACAUUCCUCAGCGUCUGUCAUAUGAAGAUGUUCGUAUGUGCACAUCCUGAGGAAGAACUGAAACUGGUAUCCCGGUACCCUUGCGUGCUGUCAGCUCCAUACCUAUCAGACCUAGGCAUGGAAGCCAAGGGUCGGAAGGUGGAGGAAAAUGAUGAUGACAAGGUUCUCCGGUUCAUCAUCUGCAGAGACAGAAACAAGCUUGGGGAAAUCGUUGCUGACGAUCCGAAUUGCAGUUUUCCCGAAGAAACCCAACUCAAAGUCGAUUUCCAGUACGAUUUCAAAGGAAUUUACAUGCCUAUGGACUCUCAAAUGGUUAGCAAUGAAGAAUCAAAGAACUAUUAAUCUUUUUAUGU